UUAAGCACCAUAACCCAACAACAACAACAUUUCCUUAUUUCAGGCCAAUGUAAACAUGGAUAAUCCAGAACACCCUUGGAGAAACUGUCUGCUCUGUUCAAAAGAAAAGUUCCAGACUCCUGAUGACUUUGUCAGACACCUGCGCCAGAAGCACUGUCGCCAGGAGGGCGGCUCCUUCGUGUGUCACUAUGGCUACAACAGGGUGUGUUCCUCACUGCCGCUGGAGGGAGUCAGUGACACUGACUACGAGCACCAUGUGCUGAAGCACCAUGUCUACCCCCAUGGCGCCAUUCGCAGAGACGCCGGCAGCAGGGCGUCAUCUGUGUCCUCCCAGUCCUCCCAGCCGUCGACCGGGGACGGAGGACGAUGGAGUCUGCACAGCGCCGCGCAAAACCUGCCGGCCGUCCUCAACGACCCGUCCCGGGGACGGCAGCGCGACUUUUUCACGAAGACGUGGGGCGACGGUUUCGUGGAGAGGGAGGUGGCGCCGUCGCCCCGGUUACCGGAUAUCUCGUUAGCCGACUUCCAGGGCUACCUCCGCGACACAACUAAGCGAUAUAAGAAGCAUUUAAAGAAGUCUAACAGCUUUAAGAAGGAUUCGUUAGCUCGUGUUUCCAAGCUCUCUCGCAUCGUAGAACCAGAGGAGGACGGCAUCAGCAGCGUGCCACGGCUGUUCUUUGACCCGACCUUUGACCUGUCACGACCGGACAUGUUCCCGGUCAUCUGUCCCUCCGCCGAGUCACAGCCGGCGGCCCCGGCCGACCGGGCGGCCGGCCAGCCGCGCCGGCCCAGCGCCGACAAAGUCCUCCAGGAAAAGCUGACCCAUUACUUGGACCUGGUGGAAGUGCAGAUCGCUCGCCAGAUAGCCGAUAAGUCGGAGGCAUUCUUCGACGCCAUGUCCUCGCACGACUCGCUCAUGGAGCAGCUCAAGAAGGCUUCCGUCGCAGUCAGGACGCUCAGACAGCGUAUGCAGUACACCCUGGAACACGACGUGCAGUCCUCCCUGCGUGUGAUCCGCGGCCGACAGCGGCGCCACAACUGCGAGCGAACGCUGCAGAAGCUGCGCCUGAUGGCCACCGUGCACCAGACGCAGCCGACCAUCCAGCUGCUUCUCACCACCUCAGAGUUUGUCGGAGCGCUCGACCUGAUCGCCACCUCGCAGGAGGUGCUGGCACAGGAGCUGGCCGGUCUGCAGGCGUUCAAACACCUGAGUAGUCAGCUGACGGAGAUGGAGCGGCUGAUCGACAAGAUGGUAUCGGCCGACUUUGUGCGUCACGUGACCUCUGACCUGAACCGACCUCUGGACCAGCAGCUGGCCGCCGAGGAGGAGCAGCUGGUGGCUAUCCUGUUCGGGAUGCUGCGGCUGAAGAACUGCCACAUGGUCGAACUGUACAAGGAGGAGGCGUGUACCGCCGUUAGGGCAGUGGUCAAACAGACUGUGAUUGAGGCGCUGGCGGCCGCCGAACUGGAGGAGCCCGACCCGGCCGAGGGCGGCGGCGGCGGUGGCGGCGGGGGAGGGUCGGACUGGGGCGGUCUGCACGACCAGGUAGCCGCCCUCUCACCGGUCGCCUGGCUCAAACUGCUCCGACAGCUCUGCGACAACCUGCGGCGGCUGCUGGCCAGGGUCAAGGCGGUGAGUGACGUCAUGGAGGACGUUCUGGACGCGGCGCUGGGCCGGCCCCGAUCGCUGCUCACCAACGGAGCCGCCAAGGCGCAGGGCGGCGCGGCCGGCGUGCGCCUCUCCAUCAGCGCAGAGGAGGUGGAUGUCGCCAUGCUGACUCCAGAGGAGGGCGGGCGGCUGCGGGACGCCCUCUCGGCAAUGCUGCCCACCGUCUGUGACUACGCUCACGAGCGCUGCGGCAAACUGCUGCUGGCGCGGGUGAAAGAGAGCGGCCUGGAGUCGACCGAGUUCCUGGCGCUGGCCGCGCUGGUGCAGAGUUUUGUGGCCGACUGUGAACAGCUGUGUGGGAGGCAGAGCAGCGCACUGCACCUAGCACUGCAGGGACAGGCGAGUCAGUUUGUGCAGCGUUUCCACUCGGAGCGGAAGACCAAGCUGAACCUGUUGCUUGAGUCGGAGCGGUGGCGCCAGGCCGAUGUGCCGGCAGAGUUUCAGACCAUCGCCGACCACGUCACCAACACCGGCUGCGCCGGCCUGCCGUCGCGCGUCUCGUGUCCCGAGUCGCCGGAGCGGCGGCCAGCCGACGCGCUGCGGCUCGGCGAGCAGCAGUUUGUCGUCGUCGGUACCGUCCUGCUGUUGGUCAAGAUGCUGCUGGAGUACUGUGACUGCGCGCGCCACCUGGGAGCGGCCAGCGGGGAGCUGCUCAGUCGACUGGUGGACCUGUUGCGUUUCUUCAACUCGCGCUGCUGCCAGCUGGUGGUCGGUGCCGGGGCCAUUCAGCUGGUCGGCCUGAAGACCAUCACCAGUCGAAACCUGUCGCUGGCGGCGCGGGGCGUACAGCUCGUGCUGCACUUCAUACCGAUCAUACGGACCCACUUCCAGGCGCUGGUACCGGACCGGAGUCGCAGUCAGCUGCGGCACCUGGAUCAGGUGGAGCUCGACUACCGCGCGCACCUGUCAGAGAUCGACUCCAAACUGGUGCUCAUCAUCAGCAGCGCCUGUGACGCCCAGCUCAACAAGUGGGAGGCGCGGCCGCCCGUGCCCAGCCAGCAGUUCAGAGCGGUGUGCCGAGCGGUCAGUAAACUGCACGAGGCCACAUCCGGGGUGCUGACUGCCGAGCACAGCCACCGGCUCUUCACACGUAUGAACGCCGCCUUCGUGGAGAGUCUGCGCAGACGCGUGGUGAAGCUGAAUAUUAAGAGUGACGGCGGACCGCAGCAUGGUCUGGUGACGUCCGAGCUGCUGUUCUACCAGGAGCACCUGAAGACGCUGCAGUUUGUGCCCGACCGGCCGUUCGCCGAGCAGCUCUGGUCGCCCGACAAACCAGCCGCCGCCUCCUGAUUGGUCAGCGCCGGAGCCUCCCGCCCUGUGAUUGGCUGCUCGCUGUCUGCCGCUGUGAUUAGCUACACCGUGAUUGGUCCGCUCCGGUGACGCGCGCUGUGAUUGGUCGCUGGUCGGGGUCAGACAGCCCCGGUUGGUGCUCCUUAUUUCCGACUGUCUCGUGGUUGACCUCUGCCCGGGUCUGCUCUACCGUGGUUGGUCCUUUGACGCUGAGCCUAGUCUGUGAUUGAAAGUCACGGAACGCCGGACCUCCCGUUGGAUUCGGGACAGGAGUUUGUACGGCUUUUUCUGCAGCUGGAAAAUCUAUUCUCGUAUUCCUAGUGACAUCCCAGCAAAAUGUUCCCAUGGGUACGUAGUAAGUACUAGGCAGGCUAAACAGGACCAUUGUUAGGUGAAAAGUUGCCGACCUACCUAGCGUCAGAAAGUAACCACUGACGACGGAAAAGUGCGUUGAACAGCAGCCUUUGCAGUUUUGAACAAAAGUGUACUAAAACGGUACACUCAUUCCCUGUUGGGUUGAACGUCUUGAGGCGUGCGUCGGCUGGCGUGUGUGAUGCGUGCUAAAGACAGGAACCAAAAGACGGCCCCGGGGAGUUAGCCCUUGUGUUAUUAUUUGUGUGUGUUUACGGACAUGAAACUCCGCAGGAUGAGCCAGCAGUCGCACCAAGUUACUGACAGUUUGUGUCGUGCCGCGUUUUAAAUUCGUUAUGCCAUGACAUAUUGGUGCAGACUGCAGAUGUUUGACCGUGCUAUAUUUCCGAUAUUAUCUAGCCUGGGUAGCCACAGUUUGCCGAAUUGCCUUAUGAUGUUGUCUUGAUUCCGAUGCACUCGUUAGCUGAUUUUUGCGUUGCAAUUAGCCUCGGUGGCAAUGCUUUUAACCAUCGUGAUUUUGUGACUCCGCCUUUCCCCGCUCAUCUAGUUAUCAUCGUUUUUUUUUUCUCGUUUUAUGGGACCAUAUUCUAGCUUCCCCUUAGCAGCCUUUAAACCACCUCCAAACCAGGGAGUAGCUUACGAAUUAGUUAUGCACGUAGGUUUCGUACCAUGUUGCCUUGAUUCCAUUGAGUAUUAUCCAGUCAAAAAUGUACCGAUGGUCACAACCGCAGUCCUGUGCGCCGAUGGAUGAUCGCUCUUCUGGCGUGUGUUCCUCGCUGGUCGUUCCCUGGUAACCCCGCUCCAUCGAAGGCCCGCGCCUUGGCUGUUACGUGCCGCCGUUGCCUCAGGCUAUUGGUUGUGAUAGCCGAAGGACCGCUGAAAGCUAUGCAUUAUCUCUGAUCGCGGAAAUGGCGAAAUCUGGUGAUCCAUGAGUGAUUCGGGGUGACUACCGUGUGGUUUAACUCGCUCGGUGCCCAACUAACCCUGGCGUUUUGCUAGAAGUUUGGUCCUACCUUUCGCGGGGCAGCUGUUGGACACUAGUCAGGGCCGGUAGUGACACUAGCUGUGGCCCACGCUUUCCCAGCAGGCUGCUCCGCCGCCCUUUCCCUGCGCCGUUCGCUGUGCGCCGGGAGGGAUCCAGCCAUACAUACGUCCAAAGGUCCCGGUCCCUAGGGCGGUAUCAGCUCCCUGUGUGUUCGUCAAGCUGUGCAAUAUGUGUUACGUAGCGCGUGUGUGAGGUGCUCGGCAGAAGAGUGGGAGUGUGGUGUGGUGGCGCGGCCGUUAUUCCAUUUGUUUUGAUCGGGCCGGCGCGGGCUCCGCGUCCAUUGGUGCCUGCUCGUGGCGACGCACUAUGGGACACAUCUAUAUUGGGAGAAAGUGAAAUAUAUGUAUGCUACUUUA